AGCCCGGUGUUAUGUUGUAUAUCUAUCCAUGCCCAGUACAAAAGAUAAUGGGCCUCAACAAGAAGAGGUCAUCCCUGCAGGUGUUAUUCGGAAAAUUCGCUGCAGGUGGAAACAGGGGAUUGCGUUUCCAAGUGGCCCUUUUGAUUUUGUAUUGGAAUUAUCUUUUUUUUUUUUUUAGGUAAAAUGACUACACAUGAAGGAAGGUCUUUCCUUUCCCAAAUCCAUCCCAUCUGUUCAAGUUUGAACUGGCCAACAUAAAACCUCUAGCUUGCAACGGUGGCACAUCCGUAGGGAGGAUCAUUUAGAUGAUAAACAUCGCAGGUGUUGUUCAAUCAGACACAGGAAACCCAGUUGAAUUUGAUUCGAAGAAGUAGGAAAAGAGUGCCUCAGGCAUCAGUUUUGGAUCUUUUGCUGCUAGUUGGAUCUCAGCGACCAUUUUGUGCUUCACAUAAGUUUUUGAAGGCUUAUCUGCAAGUUAAAUGCGGUUUUAUGUAUAUGCUGUUGAUCAGAAUAUGUAGAAUAGAACACAUGAGAAAAAUGACAGACAGAAUAUGGCACCUGUGUGUAUUAAGAGGCCAAGGAUUCUAGUAUUUUUGGUUUCAAGUUCUGCUGUAGUUAUGGAGCUAUUCCUUGUUCCAGACACUGACUACACUACACAACCAGAGAAUCUCCCUGUAGAACUUCGUUCUUCAGAGAGGAUUUUAAUUUGUAACAGUAGGUUCUGUAAUUUCUAAAAGAAUAGAAGCUAGAAGGAGCUAGAGUGGACCCAAAUGAAGAAAAACUCAUUAUUAAAUAGAAAUUCAUUUGAUAUUCUUUCUUAGCCAGUAUGGAAUUCAAUAAGAAGCUUUAUUUGUUUCUUAAAGAGAAUUGCCAGAGAACUGGUAUUAAACUCAUUGCUGUUCCUAAUAGAUGGAAUGAUACUGCUGGCAAGGCUAUAUUGGUUGACAUGUUUAUGUCUGCUCUGGACAACCCUCCACUCCGCUUACUUGAUCAGUGUGGGUAUUCAGCCAUCUUGUUGUUCCUCCUGGCAAGGGUGUUUUUUCUGCCCUGUGCAAUGCCUGUUUGUCUGGGACAGGCCAGUGUGGCUCAUGGUCGUGGGGAAGGCUUUUUCCCACCCCCAAAGCUUUAAUGCAUACUUGUUGAAGACCAACUGAGCUUGCUGGAUAUAUCAUGGGGUGCCAUAUCAACGAUACUCUAGAUGGUCAAGAUGAGGAAGAAUCAACAGUUUAUAGGGGCAUUUCACAAAGCAAUUACAACUCAAGGAAUUUCUCCCUUAUGUCACGAUCUUUAACUGAGUAUAAACUUUGAGUGGACCUACCGUCCCUUCAACUUUCAGCGUACACAAUCUCCCAUCUGGGUUAAAUGAAGCAUCAGGGUGUCC